AUGUCUGACAGUUCAGCUUCUUCCUCUCGGAAAAGACAGAGACUACGCCCGGCAAAGUCAUAUCCUCGCAAGAGAACGGCCGUGGCCUGCGAGUUGUGCCGGGCGAGGAAGACUCGAUGCGACAAUGGGCGGCCCUCAUGCAGCGUCUGCGUAGAAUCCGGGGUGGUAUGUAGCUAUACUGUGGGCUCGAAUGGGACAACUCUAACACCGGAGCCUUCCCCUAGCCAAUUGCUGGCGCGGAUAGAUUAUGCCGUCCAAUUGCUCGAGCAACAGGGACAAUCUCACACCCCGGAAGUUCAGACCAAUGAGGCAGACGUGGAAGAGCCAUGCUCGCACGAGGUUCUGAGACCGGAAGGAGGAACGCGCUCUGAGUUGAUGCUGGAUUGGCCUUGCUUACGAGGCUAUGUUCCGGCCAAGACAAGGAGCUUGUUAUGGCUUGCUCAGCCGGACUCUACGCUCGACGAUAUAAGGGGCUAUUCCCAUGAUCCCUCCGUCCGGAACGGUGGCGCAACCUUUUCCAGUGGCGCCGAGGAGUCCUAUGCUGUACAACUGGUGAAAAGAUAUCUGACCCUUGUGCACAUUAAAAACCCCAUCCUAGACGAACAGACACUUUUAAAGCAAGCCCGCGGCAUUGCCGAGGUUGGGUUCGACUGGACUGGGGAAUCAUGUUUAGUACUUCUCGCAUGUGCCCUAGCAACAUUAGUCACCGCAUACGACGACAGGAAUGAAAACGGCUCCUUUCCUUCGAACAGAACUAUAUCAAAAUCAUACUUCAGAGCAGCCAGAAAACGGCUUGGCCUAUUAGAUCUGUCUCUAGUUGCUGCGCAAUGUCGUUAUCUCACUGCCAUUUACGAGAUGUGCUCCUUUCGAGUAAUGGAAGCAUGGAGCCAUUACCAACAAGCCAGCACUAUUACGGGGACCCUUCUCCUCCGUCAAAUAGCCAUGCAGGCCCAUGAUUUGAAAUUGUUGGAAAGACUAUAUUACUCAUGUAUACGUUCCCAUGGCGAUAUUGAUGGUGAAGUACCACUUCCCCAGUGCGAACUUGUCAAAUUUAAGUCACUCGGUCUUUUCCCGUCACUUCCUGACAUGGUGCUGUCUCCCUCGCCGGAGAUCGAUUCAGAGAUCAGCGAAACGGCCAAUGUGGGCUGGUUCUACUAUCUUGCAGAAAUAUCAGCGCUGAGGACAUCGAUGCAAAUGCGACGCGCCCUCUAUAGCCACGGCGAAGAUUGGUGGAUUACAGAUAUUCAAUAUGUGAUUAAACAAGUAAACUCGUUGGAGGAAGAAAUUGAUGCUUGGUACGAUCAUCUACCGGACACCAUAAAAUGGCACGCUGGGGCGAAAGUGGCCAGCGCCGAGCUUGCAAGUAUCCUAUACGCAAGGCUUCGACUCAUCAAACUUCGGCUUCUUCAUCCUUGUCUGUACUUUAACAUCCACGCCUCUUCCGAUAAUCCCAUGUGGACAGAAGCAAGCCGUCAAUCCCUCAAAGCUCUUGACCUCAGCGCCCAGACUCUCGACAGGCAUAGCUCGACAAACGCCUGGCGUCACGGCGGCACCUGGUUCAUGGUCCGUUCUACUUUCAAGGCCUGUCUCAGUAUAUUAGCAGCAAUCCGCAGCGGCAGAUUUGUUUGUGACAAAAACUGGGUCUCGUUGAUUCGCCGUGGAAUGUCCGUGUUAGAGGUCUGGCGUGAGGAGUGCGGCGAUGUUUUAUGGAUGGAGCUGAUUGUUAAGCAACUGCUUGAAGACACUCUUGCAAAUCCUCCCACUUGUGCUUCAGGACAGUCCAGCAUAGUAUGGUCUUACAGAGAACAAGACGAAAUUUCGGGGGCUGCAUAA